AUGUGUAUCCCAUUUCGAUCAAAGAAGCACACGUAUAGCGGCUCCGAGUACGCACCAAGACCAGCCAUGGGCGGUACACCGAAUUACGGUGCCAUGCCGGGCUACGUCAAUGAUUCCAGCGGUGGCUGGCGCAGAAGCCGCAUGCACGGAAACCACAGAGAUUAUAACGCGGGCUACACGGGAGUGAGUGCUGGGGGCUUCGGCUGGGGCGGUGAUAGCGGCGGUGGAGGACACCACGGAGGAGGUGGUCACCAUGGGGGAGGCGGUCACCAUGGGGGAGGGGGUGGUUGCGAUGGAGGUGGUGGAGGUGGCGGAGGUGGAGGCGGUGGUGAUGGGGGCGGCGGUGGAGGCGGUGGAUGCUAA